GUGUAAAAGUGUGAAAAAGGUAAGUUCAACAAUUGGAGAGCUUCCAAACACUAUAAUUGAAGAUCCAAAUCUCCUUACUGUUUCUGCUAGUCAUCACACAACAAACAUUGCUUACAACCUACGAACUACAAAUACCCCCUUUCAGAGGCAGAAUCCAAACAAUCUCUCACUCUCAUUUUCUCUCCCACACUCUCUCUCCCAUCCAUCAACAUGCAGAUCUUCGUCAAGACUUUGACCGGAAAGACCAUCACGCUGGAGGUCGAGAGCAGCGACACCAUUGACAACGUCAAAGCCAAGAUCCAGGACAAGGAAGGUAUCCCUCCUGACCAGCAGAGGUUGAUUUUUGCUGGUAAGCAACUGGAAGAUGGUCGCACACUUGCUGAUUAUAACAUACAAAAGGAAUCUACCCUUCACUUGGUCUUGAGGCUCAGAGGAGGAACCAUGAUUAAAGUGAAGACUUUGACUGGAAAAGAAAUUGAAAUCGACAUUGAGCCAACUGAUACGAUUGACCGGAUCAAGGAACGUGUAGAAGAAAAGGAAGGAAUUCCACCUGUGCAGCAGAGACUCAUAUAUGCAGGUAAGCAGCUUGCUGACGACAAAACAGCCAAAGAGUACAACAUUGAGGGUGGUUCAGUACUUCAUUUGGUGCUUGCAUUGAGGGGUGGUAUUUAUUAAUGUAGAUGGAUAUCAGAACUUAAAGGCUUGAAAGGAAGCUUUAUACCUGUCCUCUGAAGACAUUACUUUUCAUUUAUGUGCUUGGUUUUGUAAUUGAGGCUACUAUUGGUGGUCACUAACUCGGUAUCUUUCGAACUGUAUGCUGUUCAAAACCUUAAGUUGUCCAUUAAAAUGGGUAUCUGGACCAAUCAUUUAUAACCGUAGUUUCGAACA